AUGGCACCCAAAGACAGAGCGGCUGACCUCGAUUCGUCCGUUGGUAGGCUGACGAUCGACUCGGAGAAGAGCAACUCGGCCGACGCUGCUAGCAAACCGGCAGCAUCAAAACCAAAGGCAGUCGCUGCGGCGAUCGCUCAGAAGAAGCAACAGAAAAAGAAGCAGGAGGUGGCCGACUCGUGGGAGGACGAGGAAGUGUCGUCAGAUGACAAUGACGACUCAGCACCCGCAUCUACGCCGCCUACCAAGACACCACCGGCCGGCACAACAGCACCGCCACCCACGCCCAGCACGCCCAGCUAUCACAGCUCGUCCUCCAGGCCGACAACGUUCGGCGGCAACACACCACUGUCAGCCAACUGGAACGACUCGGGACCAUCUAGUAGUGCUGGCAGCGGCAAUGAAGGGCCGGAGCGUCGUCCAGAAAAGACGGAUGCCGUGGCACGGCGGCUGAUCGCCGGCGCUCUGGGCAUCCGUGCACCGCGGAUGACCGAUGAGCAAAGGGCAUACGAAAAGUCGUUGCGAGAGGCCGAGCGUAAACGCCGCGAGGAUAGCCGGGCCGCCGAGAAAAAGCAGCAGGAAGAGGCCGACCGCGCCAAGAAAGCCAUCUGGGACGACUAG